UUUGAUCAGUGUGAACAGCAGUCAUUUGUCAGUGGUGCUUUAAACCUGCAUUACAUUAAGGACAAUGAGGAGCACAGGACACACUUAAGAUGGAAUCACAGUAAAAAGCCUCUCGACUUGACUUGACUUGACUUGCAGAGGAUUAAUGCCAAACACAUGUCUAUGAUUGGUUUAUCGUCGCCAUUGAAAUGAGCAGCAGCCUGACAAGAAGCCAGUCCCUGAAGAACCUCACUGGGAGCCCUAAGUCAUGGAUUACAUCAGAUGGCCCCUUGUGGGACAGAAGGGGGACAGUUUCUCAGCUUGUCCAAAAAAUGCAACAAAUUUUGACAGGUAUCAGAGUUGUACAGAGCUCAGAGAUGCUGGCACAGAAAGGAAAUGUUUCAAGUCAUCUGUGCAAUUAAGACCAAACCAUGACCAAAUCCAUGAGAGUAAGCUAAACAACUCAUGGAAAAGAUAUGGAUGGACAGGAGAUUACCCAAGGUCUGUAGGCGUUUCCUCUUUGACCAGAAGUCACUCCAUGGGCACACUGUCUCAGAGAGACCUGCAAGGUACCAGUGCAUUGAGGGCUGUAUUUGAGUCUAAGAUCACUCUGCAGCAGGCCUACAGAAGUAGCCCGAGGCUCAGUGUAACACCACAGGCCAAAUACAGCACACUUAGCCGCACUACCUCAGCAAGUCAAGAGACUUUGAAAGGAUGGGGCAGAGACCAAAGAUGUACGGUCACUCCAGCAAAGAAGGACAAAAUUUAUGAGUGGGACAAAAAUUCAAAAACACAGAAGUGGAGACCCAGAGCUCCAGGAUCUGUGAAAAGAGAUGAACAAAGAUCUGUACCUGUAAAAUUGAAAUUCUCUGGUCAAAGAGAAAGCAGAACUUACUCACCAACCUCCUUUCCAACUGUGAAAGCCAGAUCAGCUCUCUAUCUAUCAAAGGUUGAAGCUGCAGACUCCUCAGGAUUCACCACACAAGAAGGUUCAGUUAUCCAAGAGCACAUCUAUGACUCGAGAAAGAAGACUAAACAAAGCAAGUUCCUGUCAUGUGUGAAGGAAAUGUGCUCUGCUUGUCAGAAACAAGUUUAUCCCAUGGAGAGAAUUGUAGCUGACAAACACAUACUCCACAACAACUGUUUCUGCUGCAAACACUGCAAGACGAAACUUAGCAUUAACAGUUAUUCUGCUCUUUAUGGAGAGUUCUACUGCACAUCUCACUACCAGCAGCUGUUCAAGCAAAAGGGAAACUAUGAUGAGGGAUUUGGAUACAGGCAGCGCAAAGACUCCUGGCUUCAAAGGACAGAAAACCCUGAAUCUGAUACCAAGAUCAGUCCAGCAUCCAAACAUGAAUUAAGUGUUGCCAGUCCAGCCAGAGCACUGGUUGGUGUCUCACAUCUACAGAACAGAGACAGAGAUGUUAACACUAAAAGCUAUCCUAAUGCCAGGGACAAACUAAGCAUUAGCUGGCCACCAGAAAACAAGGGAACCAAACAUAAUGCUUUACAGACUGAAAAAAUAACAGAGAGAAAAAAACACAAACCUCCCACAGUAAAGUUUAGUUCCAGAAAUGUGCAUAAUAAUAUGGUUAAGUCAGUUCUGUAUGAAAUGGACAGAGCAGUUCAACUGUCACCUGUAAUGCAAGAAAAGUCAAGGCUGUCCUUUACUACUGCAAGAGAACACAGGGGAUCACCACCACAAUCAAAAUUUGAGCAUGAAUGUUAUUGUGAGGAUCCAAAACCUUCACUAGCAAUUGCAGAUUGUACUUUGCCCAAAGAAAUACCGAGCAAUCAAGAUGAGGAUAAUUAUUUCUGUAAUCCAUGUUCUGCAAAGAAGCAGGAAGCUGCAAUAAAACCAGAACGCAUUGUCCAUUUUGCUCCAACAGUGGGUUCUGAGGAGGAAGCUACAGCCAAUUUUGAAAUAAAAGCUGAUAUGGAAACAGAAAACAGUAGCAAUAUAACCUCCAGUGAUGGCAGCGUUGAUGAUGAGAUGUCAGUUAGUCAUACUGGUGGAGACAGAAACUUGGGGAAGGCAAAAGAUGAAAAAGAGUUCUGUCCUAAUACGAAUGACACUGCUCUUAACCCCAAUGAUGACUUCAGUAAAUGCUUUGAUUUUGAUGACGAUACGAAGAAGGAUAUUUCUCAGUGUGAUAAUACUGAGGAGCUUCAAGAAAGACCUGUAGUAGUUCCCCCAGGACAAUCAGAGGCGAUACCAGCUUUACCAGACAUCAUGGACCCUAAGAGCAAAGACAAAAUGUUAGCCAAUGAGAAAAACAUUGUCAAAGGUUAUAGUAUAUCAUCAAAUUCUGAUGAGCAAAUUGGUACUGAGGACCGUGGCAAGAAAACCAUUGAUACGAUGGCUUCUAAAAAGGCGUCUAAAGGGAAAACUCCCUUAAUGAAACUCUUCAAAGGUGGUCCUAAAGAAAAUGAUGCAAUAGCAGAAAAAAUGAGUAGGAGUGGGCCAGAGAUGGAAACCAAGAAAGCUGACUCCAAACCGAAGCAUCUGUUAAGCAAAUUACUCUACUCCUCCACAGAAAAAGAAAGAGACCUGAAGAAAACCCCAGAAACCAAAUCAAGCGCAUAUGAAAUAGCAUACGAAAAGAAAGCAGAAAACAUUGAAACAGAAAAGGAGGGUUUGAGGAUUGUGAAAAUCGAAGACAAUGAUGUAACAUCAUCUCCAGCUAGACCAGAUAGCUUUGGAGAUAACAUUAUAAGUGAUACUACUGGCAAAGCUUCCAUCUCUAUGCCUUUAACACUAAUUCCAUUCUCAGAGUCUGAUAAGAAUAAAGGAAGAGCAUUGAAUGAAAGUAAUCUUGAGGAUGCAGGGAACAUUUCUAUAACACCAGACACCACACAAAUGAAUGUGACCUCUAAUGUUCAGAUGGCAGACAUAUCUUGCUCUGCUUAUUCUUCUGAAGUAUCUACAUCUCAAAUAUUAACCCCAAGAAGUGACCCUAUGGCUUUCUCAGAAGAGGAGACAUCUCUAAAUACAGACAAUGGAAUUUUGAAAGAAAUGGAAGAGUUUGUAACACCUUUAACAGAAUCAUCAACUGAAGAACACGGGUCAAAAACUGAUUUCCAUCACAUGGAUUUGACUGGAGCAGCAGCAGAGACUGAACAUUUUCAAAAUGCUACAUUAAGUCUUACCAUAGAUGCUGCGGGACCUAAUGUUGAUACUUUUGGAUCAAGAGAUGAAGAGAUGAAAAAAACUGGAAAGACCUUCAGCAGUACAGAGUUCUCAGUUCAAGUGAAUAAUAAUAGCAUGCCCUUGGAUGUCCCUGAUAUCUUUGCCAUGGACGAUAUACCUUUCGAAAAAGAAGAUAUUUUAGUGGCUUCUGACAGAAGAUACACUCAGAAUGAUACAUGUGAGCUAAUUAUAAACAGUCACAAUCCAAAUCAAAAUCUUGAAGGAAAUAUACAUGAUCACCCUUCUCAAAAUUAUGUUUUUGACUUGUUUAGCCUAGAAAGUGAGCCAUCAACACAGCUGAAUACUCCUGAUGUGUUUGACCAAAACGUUCCAGAACAGAAUCAGUCAGUGCAAGACCUUUUUGACAUAUUUAGCUCUGAAAACAACCUGUUAACACAGUGCAAUAUGACACACAUGUCUGACAAAUACAAAUCUGCGGCAGUAAAAGAUGAAUUAGACCAGACUGAAGUUCUUGACCCGAUCAGCUCUGAUAAUGCGUCACACUCCACUGGAAUGGACAGUUUUGAUCCCUUUUCUGAGCCCUUCCAACAUGAUAUAUUUGCAAAUAAUGACGAUGGAGCAGUCUCAGAUACAUUCACAGUGGAAGCAACAAAACCCAACUCAGGCUUAUUUGAUGACUUUCUUAGAGUAGAGAGUCAAACUGGUGGUUAUGAGAUAAAAGAGAGCAAUCUUAUCCAGAGUGACACAUUUUCCUCAUUCUCCUCCACAACACAGACAGAGAACAGUGUAAAUAACAGUAAUGACUGGAUGUCUGGCUUUUUAGGCUAACAAUACUUUCCAACAUGCAUUGCAGAAUAAAAAAUCUGUUAACUGAUCAUAUCUGUGCAUAUCAUAAACUAGAUGAUUUCUUUUUGAUUAACUUUAUACAUUAAAGAAAACUAAGUUUGUAUGUUCAAAUGUAACAGGCCUACCAUCAAACCUUGAAUGUACAAUUAAGUACCCAAAAAUAGGUUUUUAAAUUCCUUGUUUACACAUGAUAUUAGCACCUGUGUGCUUGUUAGCUAAUUGUGUAGCCAACACUAAUGUCAAUUUUCUUGUGAAUCACUAAUUAAAAUUAACUGCAAAUGUAACUUUUUGUAAUUAACAUUAAAAUGAUUAACUCUUACAAUAGAAAUUUAUUGAUUAUUCUUACAGCUGCAAUUUCUGUUUAAAAACCAAAUGCUGUAACCAAUACAUACGUUCAGUGGUUCCUUUUACUGUGUAUUUUUGAAAUUGCAUUAUGUUUACUGUUUAUUGUAAUCAACCUGUGCUUUUUUUUUUGCUUUUGUGUUCCUUGGUUUAAGGCCUGGAUUCAGUGAGAUAUUUUUAUUCAAAUUUUGCAUUUAUUUUUCUCCAAACUGAAAACAUGCAAAAUGGCACAAUAUUUCAGAACAUUUGUAAUUUUAUGUUUAAUACAAUAUGUUUCAUACUUUAGUUAAGGGUGGGAUCCAUAAUACUAACUGUGACACCUAUAGUCAUUUGUAAAAGUAAAAAAAAAUGGUCAAAUGAAGUUUUGAUGAUUUUCCAAAUUAAUAUAAUUUAACACACUCUCUA